AUGGCCGACAGGACCUCUUUAGCCAGGUUCCAGAGCCCCAGAAUCUCCUCCCACAUCUCUGAAUCCACGAAGAACCAGUCUUACAUAAAUGUGCCUCAGGAUUCUGCCCCCAGGGACAGAUGGAUGCAGCCCACCACCGUCCUGCUCUGCAAGUCACAGAGCAGCCAGGCCGCCCUGGUGCCCAAGGAACACAAGACACUCAUGGAGGAAGCCUACAGCGCAGCCAUCUGCUUCAAGACGCUCCGGGACCUGAAUAGUUCAGACCCCCUCCACCUGAAGUACGUCAGAAAAAUCAAGAACGUGGCUCACGGGGACCCCAAUCUGGUGCUGGAAAAUCAUGACUACUUUGUAGACAACCUGGAUCUAUGCAUGUCGGCCUUCCUCGGUCUCAGUUUUCUAUCGAAAAACCGGGUGGAUGGUAGCCGUCCUGCCCACCAAACCAGACCACUCUUCCUUUCUGCCCGCACCCGGGAGCUGGAGGAGGGCUACCGGGAUGCGGCCAGCAACGUGCUGGUGGCCACUGGCAGGCACUGCUGGCGGCUGGUGGCCCAGCACCUGGAGACUGAGGUCCUGUCGGGCGUCCUCCCGCACCGCAACCUCCUCUACGUGAUGGGCAUCCUGACCUCUAACGAGGAGAUCUUCAAGGAGAGAGAGAAGGCUUGCUGGGAAGAGCAGCUGGCCCAAAACUCGGAGGACAUGCGGUGGAGGUGGGCGAGCAUCAUCCUGGCCCGUGGCCAGAGGGCGGACAAGGCCAAGACCCGCAUCCUCCCGUGGGUGGACAACGUCUUGUCACGGAUGGUUUUCUUCUUCCACUACAACUCCUGGGACGAAACCCUGAAGCAGAGCUUCCUCAUGGCCAUCCUCAUGCUGGUGGGGGCUGUCAGCCGCAACGAGGGCGCCCAAAGUUACGAGCUCUCCCAGGUCUCUGAGCUCUUCGAGUGUCUGAUGCUUCUGAUGGAGAAGGAGCCCCAGGACACGCUGUGCGCGUCGACUCGCCACCAGGCCAUCCACAUCACCUCCAGCCUCUGCACGUCGCUGGAGGCGCUGAAGAGCCUGCUGCCCGCCACCGGGCACUGGCAGGACUUCGCCCACCUGGAGCUGCAGGGAGCCUGACUCUUCGCCACCACCCACACCGACCCGCAGGGCAUGGGCCUCCUCGCCAGGGCCAUGGUGCAGAGCCGCUGCAAGCAAGUCACGGCGCUGAUCACCCAGCUGCUACCCAGCCUGCAGAGCCAGGAGCAGCGGGGGAGGAGGGCAGCCAUCGUCAUCCUCACGGGGACCUGCUUCCUCUACAGCCCUGCCCUGCUGGAGGUGCUCCCCAAACAGGCCGCCCUGACCAUGCUGGCCCAAAGCCUCAGGGACCCCAGCCCUGAGGUCUGCGUGCUGAGCCUGUAGGUCCUGGGAAACAUCCUCUUCCACCCAGAGAAGGGACGCCUGCUCCGUGGACUGCUGCCGCCCUUCCUCGACGGCUUCUUCCACAGCAGCGAGCCGGUGGUGGUGCGCGUCAUGGGCACCGUGACGGACGUGCUACACCGCCUGGGCGCACACAGCACAAAGGCCCAGAGCCUUGGCAUCGCCAUCAACGCCCACUCCUUCUCCGACGACGAGAGGGAUGGAGUCCAGGCAACGGCCAUGGCACUGUUCGGGGAGCUGGUGGCAUCAAUGACAGGCAGAAAGCUAAGUGGCCUGAGAACCCAGGUGCACCAGAGCAUGGUGGCCCUGCUCCUGCACCUGAAGGACAGCUGCCGGGCCAUCGUCACGCGCCUGGCCUGCAGUCGGGGCUCAGGUUGUUCGUUGCACUUGCUGAGCUAUGGGCUGAGCCCUACUGUGUACCAGCCCGUGCCCCACGCCAGGCCACUAAGACGCAGCUUGGCCUUCCUGGAGCUCCCAGAGGCCCGGGAGAUGGACACGAGUGACAGGCGUGCUCCCCAGAUGAGCCACAGCCAGGAGGGGCUCAGCGUCCCCUUGGCACAGGCCCUCGGCUGCCUGCACAGCCGCUGUCGGCACAUCGAGACCUGGGCAGCGCUCUUCGUGGGUUAUACCAUCUGCCACCACCCCCAGGCCGUGUCCCAGAUGGUCACGCGGGGCUGAGAGGGGGUGGGGAAGGGGACUUUUGAGGAUCUUAAGAAUGACCCAGAGCCCAGCACCCAAGAACCUGCCACCAGGCAGUCCUCCUUCCUUCAGCAGAUGGCAGCCGGACCGCGCUGA